UUGGACGACACCGGAUCAGGAACGCCGAAUAAGAUCGAGAUUUAUGAUUAUUUCUACCCCAAGGGAAAAGAUUGGCUUAUAAGCCUGACCGAAUUCCGCCAAUGUCUCGCUCCUCUGGGUAUUACACUCCAGGCAUCGUCCUCAUAUGGGCCACCUUUUCGAAUGCGGACGGAAUCUACAGAGAUGUCGACAGUGAUUGCAGCACCAGACCUGACGCUGGUAUCAGUGGUGUCGGCGUACGCGUGUCCAUUUGGGCGCAAAUUGGGAUGUCGAUAUUGAUCAGCAUCAUAGGGUUCUUCCACGAGUAAGAUACUGGCAUCAAAGACAUCGGAGGUGGCCUUAUCGUCACUCACUUCUCUCUUGCGAUAGCACUGA